GCGCGUGGGCGGCGGGGUCCGCGCCCGCCUAUCGCCCAUCGCCCAUCGCCCGCCGACGCCUUGAGGCCGCGCCCGCGGCCCGGCCUGGCCCGGCCCCCCGCGGAUGCGGAUCCAUAGUUUCAUAAACGACCGCCCAUACGUAUUGAUCGAAUCGAAAGGAGCCUCCGUGGAAAUCGAAGAGCCCGCACGCCCAGCCCAGCUUUUGCUCGCCCCGGGCGGCGCGUGACGUAACAAUCGCCCCAUGGGCGGCGGGAGCCGGGCGGGGGCGUGUGGGAGCGGCCCCCCGCCACGCCCCCUCCGCCACGCGCACUCGGCGCCGCCUCAGGGCAACGCAUACGCGGAGGCGUGCCGGCAGCGCGUGCACCUGGCGCGCCUGCGCAUGCGCGAGCAGCUGCUGCGGGAGCUGGGGCGGCUGGAGCGGCUGCAGCCGCGCGCCGUGCAGGGCGUGCGCCUGCACCGCGUGAUGAGCGCGGGCCUCCGCGCCGCCCCGCCCCCGGCCCCGGCCCCGCCCCCGGCGCCGCCCCCGCCCGCGCCCGCCGCGCGCCGCCGCCUCGAGGCCCUGCUGGCCCAGCGCGCGCUCUUCCCCGCACACUGA